AUGGAUGGAACAGUGAAAAUGUGUUUGGUAGAAAGGAAAAACAUAUUUCCUUUCUAACAGCUCCCGUCGCUCGUCUUCUUUGUCCGCUUCCGUCUCGAAGAUUUGGGUCGGAUCGCCGGAUUCCGAGUCAUUGCCAGAGCGCUCGCCGCCCCGCUGGCGGAUGGAGGCUCUCAGGAAGCAGGCCUCCAAACUCAGGGAGCAGGUCGCCAGGCAGCAGCAGGCGGUUUUCAAGCAAUUUGGAGGCGGUGGAUAUGGAAGUCCUGAUAGCCUAUUUGCAGAUGCAGCAGAAUAUAAGCAGAAUCAAAAAAUAGAAAAACUUUAUAUAUCAACUCGGGCUGCUAAGCAUUUUCAAAGGGAUAUAGUGCGUGGUGUGGAAGGCUAUAUUGUUACAGGAUCUAAACAAGUUGAAAUUGGCAAUAAAUUGUCUGAAGAUAGUAGAAAAUAUGGUGUUGGGAACACCUGCACAAGUGGGAAUACUCUAUCGAAUGCUGCUUUAAGUUAUGCGAGGGCUCGUUCUCAGAUGGAGAAUGAGCAUGGAAAUCUGUUGAAAGCUCUUGGUACCCAGGUUGCAGAGCCAUUAAGAGCCAUGGUAGUGGGUGCUCCAUUGGAGGAUGCUCGCCACCUUGCCCAGAGAUAUGAUAGGAUGCACCAAGAAGCUGAAGCUCAGGCUACUGAAGUUUCAAAGCGCCAUAUUAAAGUAAGAGAAACUGCUGGCACUGGUGAUAACAUUUCAAAGUUAGAAGCUGCUGAAGCUAAGUUGCAGGAGUUAAAAUCUAAUAUGGCAGCAACAGGUAAGGAAGCUGUUGCAGCAAUGGCUGCUGUGGAAGCUCAGCAACAAAGAUUAACCUUACAGCGGCUUAUUGCUAUGGUUGAAUCAGAGCGCACUUACCAUCAGAAGAUCCUACAAAUCCUCGGACAACUUGAGGCAGAGAUGCUAUUAGAACGCCAAAGAAUCGAAGCCUCUCCUAAUCCAGUUUCAGAAAACUUUACGCCUCCACCACCAUCAUACGAAGAAGCCAGUGGAUUUUUUGCUAACUCAGCUGUUGAUGGUGCUACUGAAACUGUGGAGUACUUUUUAGCUGAGGUUAUUAAUUCAUAUCAGGCUGAGACAGAUGUGGAACUUAACUUGUCCGUUGGUGACUAUGUCGUUGUACGUAAGGUGUCAGAUAAUGGCUGGGCUGAAGGUGAAUGCAAAGGAAAAGCAGGUUGGUUCCCUUGCGCAUACAUUGAGAAGAGGGAGCGUGUGCUUGCAAGUAAAAUUGCUUCAAUGCUAUAGAAGUGUUGCUUUGCACGAAGUGUGCAUGUUGCAGUGUUGGGCUUCCAUAAGCCGAAAUAUCGUGUUUGUGUCUAUGGUGUUUGUAUCUUCAACUUAUUUCUUGCAUUUUCCCCCAUCUUACGGUUUGUUUAAAUGGCCAAUGCUGUCUGAUAUCUUUGUCAAAGGUUAAAGUAGAUUUUGCAGGAAAACAAAGUUAUUUAGUAAUCCACCACUUAAAUUACUGGCUUUGAUUAAUAUAA